CACGCAAAACGCGCUUUAUAAGGAGCAUUGCGUGCGCGCCCCCGCCAGACGAACCGCGCGGGUUCAGGCUCUUUGUGAAGAGGAGGCGGCACCAGCGACAUUACCGGAUACCGGCAUAGGACCGACCAUGGCAGACGACAAACCGAAGGAAGGUGUUAAGACUGAGAACAAUGAUCACAUCAACUUAAAAGUGGCUGGACAAGAUGGAUCAGUGGUGCAAUUUAAAAUCAAAAGACACACACCGCUCAAUAAGCUUAUGAAGGCUUAUUGUGAACGUCAGGGUUUGUCAAUGAGGCAAAUUAGGUUCCGGUUUGAUGGUCAGCCAAUUAACGAGACGGACACACCAGCACAGUUGGAGAUGGAGGAUGAAGAUACAAUUGAUGUGUUCCAACAGCAGACUGGAGGGAAGUUCUAGAACAAGCUAAAUGCCCAGCUGCUCACCCACUGCCUCCAUUUCAUCUUGUUUAUCUCCAUUCCUUUUCCCCUACUGUACAUAAAUAUAGGGUGGAUGUGUGUUAUUUUAGGGAAUGUUUUUUUUCCCCCCACUCCCCCUCUCAUAUUUUGUUCCCCCCCCCCUUUAAAACCGCCAGAAGUAGGUUU